CACGCUGAACACGCAGCCCCCCUCCCUCCCGAGUGACAACAGCGGGCCAGCGUACUCACGGCUGUUGUCCCUUUAAAACUCGAAUCCAUGGGGGUAAUGAUUUAUCAAACUUGUAUUAUCAAGAAAAUGUCAAACGAAGGGCACCUUGCUUUGCACUGACGCAAACCUCGCCUUUCCUAAGGAGAUAUAGAAAGCGCCUCUCUUGCUGGAGCCGAACCCAGUCUUGUCAAUAGCUGGUUUCACUCUCUCUACCUACUCAAUCUGCUGCCGGUGUCAGACAUGGAUUGCGGUGCUCCCAAGGAAAUGAAUAAACAACCAGCCAACAGCCUGGAGGCGGCGGCGGUGCUGGGCCACCACGAGGGUUCACGCGCGCCCAGGACCAGCCCGGAGCAGGACCUUCCCGCAGCCUCAGCCACGCCGCCCAGUGUGCCCAGGUCGGCUUCCACCGGCGCUCAAACUUUCCAGUCCCUCGACCCCCGAGCCUGUGAGGCUGAACGACUGGGGUUGGGGGCUUGCCCGAGGCCGAGGCCGCCAGCCCCCUCCGUGGCUCUGCGGGAUUUGAGCGAGACUCAUGGCGCGCAGGCUGCCCCUCCUGGGGGCGCAGGGCCAGGCAACGCGAUGCAUUGUAAGAUUCCGGCCCUUCGGGGCCCAGAGGAGGAUGCGGACGUGAGUGUGGGCAAGGGCACCCUGGAGCGGAACAAUACCCCAGCCGUGGGCUGGGUGAAUAUGAGCCAGAGCACCGUGGUGCUGGGCACGGAUGGAAUCACAUCUGUGCUGCCUGGCAGCGUGGCGACCACUGCCGCCCAGGAGGACGAGCAAGGGGAUGAGAAUAAGGCCCGAGGGAACUGGUCCAGCAAACUGGACUUCAUCCUGUCCAUGGUGGGGUAUGCAGUGGGGCUGGGCAAUGUCUGGAGGUUUCCCUACCUGGCCUUCCAGAACGGGGGAGGUGCUUUCCUCAUCCCCUACCUGAUGAUGCUGGCUCUGGCUGGGUUGCCCAUCUUCUUCUUAGAAGUGUCGCUGGGUCAGUUUGCCAGCCAGGGGCCAGUGUCCGUGUGGAAGGCCAUCCCAGCCCUGCAAGGCUGUGGCAUUGCAAUGCUGAUCAUCUCCGUCCUAAUAGCCAUAUACUACAACGUGAUUAUUUGCUACACACUUUUCUACCUGUUUGCCUCCUUUGUGGCUGUGCUGCCCUGGGGCUCCUGCAACAACCCUUGGAACACGCCAGACUGCAAAGAUAAAACCAGACUUUUAUUAGAUUCCUGCGUCAUCACUGACCAUCCCAAAAUCCAGAUCAAGAACUCAACCUUCUGUAUGACUGCCUAUCCCAACUUGACCAUGAUUAACUUCACCAGCCAGGCCAAUAAGACGUUUGUCAGCGGGAGUGAAGAGUACUUCAAGUACUUUGUGCUGAAGAUUUCUGCGGGGAUCGAAUAUCCUGGGGAGAUCAGGUGGCCACUAGCCUUCUGCCUAUUCCUGGCUUGGGUCAUUGUGUAUGCGUCUCUGGCAAAAGGAAUCAAGUCUUCAGGAAAAGUGGUGUACUUCACGGCCACCUUCCCGUAUGUCGUGCUUGUGAUCCUGCUCAUCCGAGGGGUCACCCUGCCCGGAGCUGGCGAUGGGAUCUGGUACUUCAUCACACCGAAGUGGGAGAAGCUCACGGAUGCCACGGUGUGGAAAGACGCUGCCACUCAGAUUUUCUUCUCUUUAUCUGCUGCCUGGGGAGGCCUGAUCACGCUCUCUUCUUACAACAAAUUCCACAACAACUGCUACAGGGACACUCUAAUUGUCACCUGCACCAACAGUGCCACGAGCAUCUUUGCCGGCUUCGUCAUCUUCUCAGUUAUUGGCUUCAUGGCCAACGAGCGCAAGGUCAACAUUGAGAACGUGGCGGACCAAGGGCCAGGCAUUGCAUUUGUGGUUUACCCGGAAGCCUUAACCAGGCUGCCCCUCUCUCCGUUCUGGGCCAUCAUCUUUUUCCUGAUGCUCCUCACUCUUGGACUUGACACCAUGUUUGCCACCAUCGAGACCAUAGUGACCUCCAUCUCGGAUGAGUUCCCCAAGUACCUGCGUACCCACAAGCCGGUCUUCACUCUGGGCUGCUGCAUUUGUUUCUUCAUCAUGGGCUUUCCGAUGAUCACUCAGGGUGGGAUUUACAUGUUUCAGCUGGUGGACACAUACGCUGCUUCCUAUGCCCUCGUCAUCAUUGCCAUUUUUGAGCUCGUGGGGAUCUCCUAUGUGUACGGCUUGCAGAGAUUCUGCGAAGACAUAGAGAUGAUGAUCGGAUUCCAGCCAAACAUUUUCUGGAAAGUCUGCUGGGCAUUUGUGACUCCAACCAUUUUAACUUUUAUCCUCUGCUUCAGCUUUUACCAGUGGGAGCCCAUGACCUAUGGCUCUUAUCGCUACCCUAACUGGUCCAUGGUGCUCGGAUGGCUAAUGCUAGCCUGUUCCGUUAUAUGGAUCCCAAUUAUGUUUGUGAUAAAAAUGCAUCUGGCUCCUGGCCGAUUUAUUGAGAGGCUAAAGUUGGUGUGUUCGCCGCAGCCGGACUGGGGCCCAUUCUUAGCUAAGCACCGUGGGGAGCGUUACAAGAACAUGAUCGACCCCUUGGGAACCUCCUCCCUGGGACUCAAAAUGCCAGUGAAGGAUUUGGAAUUGGGCACCCAGUGCUAGUCUGAUGGCAUGAGAUGGCCCAGACUUGAUCCUGCUUUCCCUCUCUGCCUCCCCCUACUGGUUUCCCCAGUUUUCUUCCCAUUUUGCUGCUGCUUUCUCCCCACUUCUCAGUUCGUAUCUGUGCAUGAGAGUGGUCCCAUAGGACCUAGUGUCGCAUGCUGUAGUGAAGAGCUAGACGGACCUCCUCAAGCGCGGUUCACCCACCUCCGUGGUGUCCGUUGGCAGUAGGGUUGGUCUGCUGAGCACGCACUUUACCCCACAGGAGCGGAUCAGCUAGGUGAGCACUUUCUGGUGAUGUCACAAGGAGGAAUGUGUGAUUUGCCAACGGAAAAAUAUAUGCUGUGUGUUAUCCGUGGUGCCCGUACAGUAUCUACCGAAUGGCAGAAUCACAGGACCAUUAACUCGGACUCAUGGGUGUCAUAGGGAUGAGCUGAGCAGUACAGAGCUUUCAUUCAGACACAGAAAGACCAGGGCAUGGUACACUUGGAGGAUCAGUGGUGGUCAGGACAUGCGUUAGAGCAAGACAAGGCCAGCGGGUUUGGGCACCAUCAAGGUGGUUAAGUUUCUAUUUUGAUUCACAAUUGGGGAUAUUUCCUUCAUGUGGAACAACUGUCUCAAGUGUGCGGGGACACAGAUACUUCACUCUGCACAUGGACCUCAACGAAGAGUCAGCUCCCUUCCCACUGCUGUCUUUUAAAAAAUAACCCAAUUUGUGAGUUCUUUGGUCAUUUCCUCCACCCCUCCACAAGAAGCCAUCCUAUAAUUUGUGCCUAAUUUUGUAUGUUCAUAGUAGAGCUCCAUUCCAGUUUCUACAUGACAUUUAGCACCAUGGUUCAAUGUCAUGGUCCAGUGUUUCUUCUUUUCUACAUGUCCUUCUAUAAGCUGCAGAUACCUUGCCUCUCAGCCUUUGGGACAAUGAGACUUACCCUGGUCCGUCUAUAAAUUCUAUAUAUAAGAAACAAACUCUUGAAAGACAGAUAACUUCUCAAUUUUUACUCUCAACUUUUUCAUUCACAGUCAAUUCCAAAUGUAGUUACAGAGAAACCAAGGAGAUGAAGAGUUUAAUAGAAAACAACCAUGAUAUUCACUGUGCUUUUAGGUCACAGUAUUUACAGAAAUUCCUGAUAAAUACAGUUUAGGUAAGUAGUGAGUGAGCCAAUUAAGUAUAGCCUUUAAGACUACAUUUAGCUAAUUCAAUUUUAAGAGUUCCCAAUUCACAGUACUCAUAACCACACUCUAAUGAGAGUGAAUCACGUGUCUGUAGAGGUUGGUGAAGCUGUAACUUCAUUAAGUUCUUGUAUCCUGAAUGUGUGUAGAUGAAACUUUUCAAAUGUGAUAUGUGGUCACAUAGAGUGUGUACCCCUAGUGAUGUUUUCUGUCCUUAAAAAUAUCUUGGAAAUCAUUGUAGAGAAAGUGAGUUUAGAAUAGUGUAGCCUGGGUUUCUGUUUUCUGAUGGUAAGAAUUUCAAAACCUCAAAUUGUUCCCUUUCGGGGAGAUCAUUUCAAUCAUUUUCUUAUUUGUCUUCAUGUUACAGGGUCUCAGGCAAAGUUCUCAGUUCAAAUCUUGUAUAUUGACGUGACAUUUUUAUCCUUUCAACAGCAACGGGACCCAACACCAGACCUUAAUGUAACAUUGGUUAAAAAAGGACUUCAUUUGUUAAAAGAAACAGUCUCAAGUCAUUUUACUGAGCUGUCCCCUUUUCUAGGGAAAAUAGCAUUGCCAUGUGCCAAACACAGAUGCGAACUUCCAGUUUUCAAGAGCACCCUGAGGAAAGGUUUAGAAAAGGAUGGGUUUUGAACUGGAGGUUUCCAUCUCUUUGGUCUGCAAUGCAUGUUUGUUCUCCCUGUUCCCUGGUCUCUCUUUCUGUCUAGCUCCCAAAGCUAGAACUUACUAGACUCUCUCACAGAGACUAAACAUUGAGCUCCCCCUGGACUUAGUGUUAGGAAGCUGAGCUGUGGCCUCACCUGCCCCAGUGUUUCCCGUAGUGGCCUGUCUGCCAUGAACACUAUUUUCCACAGAAAGCCAUGCUGAUGAGCGGCCCCCAUUACGGGAGUAGAACUCGCCGAGUGGUAUCCAACAUCCGCCUCUGCCCAUUGACACCUGGUGGAAUGGGAGAGGGAGGAAUAACUUAGGCUUGGAAAUUAUCUGCAGCCUUUCCAACUUGGACGUUGAAGAAAAGAGCUGAAAUGAGUUGGCAUUCUCUCGUGAGAUCUGUAUGUUUGCGUCAGGAUGAACGGUGUUUGGAUUUUCUCUCUCGCUUCUUGGCUAAAGCUUGAGUCUUGUGUUGGGUGCCAACCCCAUUUCAGCUAAUUAUUGAUGUUGUGAUGAAAAGAAUCUGGCUGCUGCCAUAUCUGCUUUGUGCAAACGGAAGGUGAACAUCUGGUGAGAGUGGGUCCUCCUCCCCAGGCAGGGUGUUCUGCGGCUCGGAGCAGCCGCAUUGGUGUUAAUUACCAUUUGUCCAGUUAGGACCCAGUAGCUGGUCCCUGAGCAGCUGGAUUUUUUUUUCCUUUCCCCUCCAACUUCCAAGUUUUAUAUACACUUUCCUUAAAGGUGAAGGGUUCUGAAAUUAGCUGGAAACAGUUACCUUGGAGAGGUGGUUUUGCCCAUUUCUGUAGUUAUGUUCCACUUCGAGGCUCUCUUUGCCAGAUGUGUCCAGUGUCUGAGCUACCCCCAGUCAUGGCGCACCUACCCUCCCGCAGACUUGGCUGGAACGCUGAGGGCUGGGAGAUGCAUGUGACCAGAGGGGUGUUUCCAUGCUGUGUUAAAAUGCAGUCAAUUGGAAGAAAAAAAUAUUGAAUGAAUAAAGAGAAAAUGAACAGUGUUGUAAACUGCCACUCGAGAGUUUCCCUGAAAACCGAGGAGAAAGCCAAGUUGCCGAGAAAAGACUUUAUUGGUUUGCUGUGCAGAAUGUGGGGUAUUUUCCACCUGUGAGAUUAUUUCCUAACACCAACAAAUGCCAGAAGUCCAUUCUGAGUUUAAAAAAAAGCCAUAUGUUAAAAACAGUAACCCUGUAAUGUCCUUAAAGGAGAAAAACAUGUAUAUGUCUUAACUAUUGGUGUUGUGGCUACUUCUGCAAAUACUUGUCUAGCAUAUUAGUAACUUAGUCUUUAGGGCUAUGUGUUUGUCGUGUAUCAAUGUGUCCAAGCUGGUCUUUGUUCCUUUUUCCUUUCUAUUUAUUUAUUGCAUGAAAUCUGUGGUCAAUGCAAAUCAAUGACCUCAAUGUCUUUGAAAUUUCCCAUAUGUUUUUAAUAUGUAAAAAGUGUAAUCAACGUGUAUUCCAGUGAGCAGCACUUUAAAAAGACAUUUGACACAGUGAGCGUUAAAUAGAUACCAGAGUUGGGUUGUCUCUCUGCUGAUUGGAGUUGAGUUUUCCUCUAAGAUCUGUUCUGUUAUCUACAUGUGCCUCAGUGCUUCCUGACAACCUCCACCUGUCAGCAUGGUUGUCCCAUGCCUGAAGUUGAGAACUUUCUUUCCUGUUUGUCCCCUUGGCCAUCGGCCAUUGUCCUCUUCCCAGAGACUUGGGCACUAACUAUUGCUUAACAUUUGUGUGAUGGCAAGAUCAUACCCCUGCUGUCACACCCAUGUUUGGGUUUGGGACACACUUCUUCAUGGCAGAUGACUUGCAUGAAGGCAUGCUGUGCGGCAGGUUGUCUUACAAGGAAAAAAGUUCAGGGUCAAUGAAUGAGCAAAACUUCCAGGCUGGGAGCAAAGCUUUGGGUGAUUUAAUCCUGGUACUAAUUUCUCCCCAAAGUGGCCCUAGAAUUAGUGAAGGUGAAGCGUCCUAGCUUUCCCAGAUUUUGCUUCAGUUGCACAGGAAGACCGAGUAGUUUUGAAUUGUGGUCUCUGCUCGGUCAUUUUUGAGCAACCUGCAGCCAAAGAGAAAGUGUGUUCAGAUGGACUGAAAAGCAAGCAGUGGUCUGAUUUACCUGCCGGCUUAAAUACAUCUUCAGGUAACCAUUUGCCUUAUAGGUGUAUUUUAUUGUUAGGAUGAUACUUACUAAUUGAUAGGAACCGUUUUGUCUCUCAUUUUUGGGGUCUUUUUUUGCACUUUAUUAUGGACCUAUCAUGGAAUAGGUUUAUUCUUAAAUUGCAUAGUUGGCUAAUGUCCUAAAUGUAGUACUGUUGUCUAUAAAUAAAGAUAUGUUCGCUAAUCAGGUCCUAUUUUUUCAUUAACUGUACAUGAAGAAAAUAUAUUAUGUUACAAAUGAUGCACCAUAUAUAUAUAUCUUAUAGAGUACAUAUUAGAUACUGUGUACUAUUCAUUUAAGAAGUCAUUAUUCUUGAGGCCCUACCUCAAAGUUUGUAUUUAUGUACACAAAUGCAAUUUAUUGUAUUCUAUAUUUGCUUAUUAUAUACUGAUAUAAAUUAGAAUUUAUCCUAAUAAUGUAUGAGUUCACAAAACCCUAAAUAAAUGUCCGUGUUUAAAACA